UUGACUUUUGGAGUUAUGAUAAAAAGUUACAUAGACAUAAAAUAGUAGGCACCUGGCACAGCGAUUUGCUACAAAAUGCGUCUACAUUUUUUUUACCAUGGAUAGUUUAGGGGAUAUGUAUAGCCAAAAACGUUUCACCCCUUUUUCCAAGAUGGCGACCGGGGUACAAGGGGGCCAACCCCACACACUUGAGGUUAAGUUUCUAUUAACCCCCUCUAUAUGUCCCAUACAUAAAGUUGCGUCCUCUACAAACAUCUUGAGAUCGAUCUCUCCAACAAAUGUUUAGUAAAUGUAACAUUUUAUUGGACCUAUCUUAGCAGUAUUUUUUUUAUAUACUAUAGUUUAAAUAAAACGACUGGCUAGUUACACAAAUCUCGAUAACUUUCAAAUCUUGCGUGACAAAAAUAAUGACGAUAGAAACCUCAUUUUUCAAUCCAUUUUUAUAGAUGUUAUUUAAUUUUAUUAUUAUUUUAAAAAGCUUUACAAAAUGGGUCGCAUGGCUGGAAUUAAAUGGGAAAAGGCAAUGCAAUGUCGACCGGUUCAUAAUAUAAUAUCGUCCGAUUUUCCUAAAUAUAACCCGCAACCAUGGAAAUUCAUGGAAGGUCCGUCACGUAUUCCAUGGUUAUUAUCCUACGAAUAUCAGCGAAUGUGGGUAGAAGAAAGAGAAGCGUGGAAAAAGAGAAUGUAUCCUGAAAAUACAACUGUAAACGUAGAUAUUGUCAAACGUUAUGUUUUAACAUUUAAAUCGAAUCAUCAGCCACCGAAACCCGAACAGAAAAAGCCAUUUAAAAUGAAAAAAUUUGAGGGCAUUGGAAGCCGUACAACCUCCAAACGACCAGCUAAGGACAAAGCCAUGAAUUUUAAUAAAAAUAAAGAAAAAAGCUAAA